UCUCCCCGCUGCAAAGCCCACGAAUCGUUGGGCUCCAAGAAUUUCCCCGGUCGGAACUCGGAAGCACGUCUUCAGUAUUUUGUUAUAUUUUGCUUCUCUCCUCCUUCCUUCGUAUCUACUCUGCCAUCCCAGAAACCAAGUCCUCUCUCCAUGGUACCGGGCCCACUCCAUCAUCCACCAUGGCAGCUGAGUUGGAUCAAUUUACCGAUAAUAAGUCUCUCCAAGGGGGUGGUUUGACCGGGUUGGAACGGAUGAUGGAGCUGGAAAGCAAAUACCAGAUCGACCAAUCCCACCACAAUGGCUCUCUUUCUCCUCCAACACCCUCUUCUCCCUCUUCCCUUGAUCAACAGGAGCCAUCUACACCUAUAGCUGCGCGCCGUCUCUCCGCACAACAAAAUUACCUGAUGCUCAAAGCUGUCCGGCGGAGCCUUGUCUUACCACCACUAUCAAUCACCAUCCCCACAGGGCUGACCGAAGGCAAACACGAAUUCACAAGAGAAAGGGAUUACCAAGCAGAAAGGCAAGAGGAGAGCCAAGUUCAGCCAGGAGCGAUCGCAGAGCCUUUGCACAAGCAGGUCAAAUUCCUUGCACCAGACGAGGACGAGGAAGAAGAGGAAGAGGCUGAGAUGUCAGACCAGUCUUCGAUUUGUCAGUCUCCUAGUUGGGAAAAUUACGGCGAGAGGAAGAAGAAAAAGAAGGAAGAUGCGGAGCGUCUGAAAAAGGAGAAGGAGCAGGCAGAGAAGGACGCAAAAGCAGCAAAGAAACGUCUAGCUGCCCGAUUGAGCAAGCCUCCUCCUCACACGUUGCCGCGGUCCCCAACCCAAGAAAACCCAAGGAUCACCUCACUCGCCAAUCCAGAACGAUCGAUGUCCGAUACGCUUCUCACCAGUAAGCAUCUGUUGCCGAGUUCCCACCUCGUCCCAGCACAAAAUGUCGACAAAUCGCUGUCGGCAGAUGAUUUGCAGCGACAUAGCCGACCGUAUCAUACUCUUGCUUCAUCAGGGAUGCCCAAGGCUUCCCUUACCCAGAGCGAGCGCCAAGAUCACCUUCUGCCUCAACACACAGUUCGCUACGAGAGCUUUGAUCAGCGACCACAGCCGCGCCAAACACAAUCGGAGAGCCUUGGCGUCAUUAGCCCAUCGUCAGGCCAGAUACCAUCUCCUCGAAGAGAGGCAUUCCCGCCUUCAUCUUCGAGGACUCCGAUGCUGCGAGCAACAAGACCUGCCACAAGUCACGGCCGAAGCAAUAGCCUACUACAAGGGGCAUCUCGGCUAUUCAAGGGGAAAGAGGACGAACACAGAGACAACAACGCUGGCCCUCAGUUGCAAGACUCUCCACUAAUUUUUGAGGAGGAUACACGAGGUCGGUCCCGAGACGGAUAUGUCCGUCAUAACAGAGUUCAGAGCGCUAGCCGCGCAAUGGCUGGGGUUGCAGACGACCAACUACCCAGCACUUCCAGCAUCGGACCAUCAUCGAGGAGUAGUUCUCAGACCACCCAAACGAGACGCUCAUCUCUUUCGCAAGAGGCCAGAAGUGUGGCCAUGAAGCUCGUUGGCGUAAGAACAACCUCCGCCGUCAAGCCAGAUCGCCACGCCAAUAAGAAGCCAACCAGGGAGACUGAUUACUUUAACUUCAUGGAGCACGCGUAUUCGGCUGCUAUUCUCUCGUCAAUGGCCACCGGAGGCAAGCCCACGCCGGCUCCAGAAGCACCAACUCCUCCGAGAUCGCAGGGCUCGAUUGGAGAGGCAUCUGUCACAUUGACAAAUGCAUCUUCAAGCCUCAAGGGGUCUUCUGUUGCAGGGUCUGACGCAGGUAGCCACACUAAGAAGAAUCGCAGUCUGAAAGACGCCGCAAGGGCAGCACUGGGUAUGUCGACAGGGCAUUCAGCAACUCCGGAUGCAGUGAGGCCACCUGCACAAGCACCUCCUUACCUGAGAUUCCGAGCUCGAAUGAGCUCUCAGCCUUCAGCUUCAACACCGAAUGUGAUCCCGCCGGCCGUUCAACAUGUAGUGUCUGGUUCUCCUCAACAACUCACGCCCCAGGAGAGCGAGGCUUUGUCGAAACAAAGCUCUGAUACGACACAAGGCAAUCUGGUCAAGGCGACCGAAGUGGCGUUACCGCAGGUUAGUGCUUCGGAGGGCUCCUCGUCAUCGUCCGCAUUCGACGAGGCGUCACCACUUCCCUCGCCAACAACGACUCCGGAUACAUCGAGACCCCAGUCCUCAAAGGACAUGCCAUUGGUGGCGAACGAUAUCACGAGCAGCCCGACAAUCCUGGAUGCAAGGCAAGAUGACGACCGGACUCUCCGUCAACGUUCGGACGACUCGGCCUCACAGGCUUCCACCACACCUCGCGAUGGCUCCGAGGUGCGCGAUAGCAAUAAGGGUUUCACGGUGGGCGAGGAGUGGAGCAGGACUGGACUUUUGAUAGACUUGGACUUUGAUACGCAACCACCGAUCAGCACAGCUGUCAAUGGUGAUGUUAAGGCCAACCACGGUAUUAAGCGAUCAACUGCUGGCUCAGGUUCGCUUUCACCAACAGAGUCCAGUCGACCACCGUUGAGAGGCAAAGACAACACUCAACACCAAUCCAAGAUGGAGCAAAUGGAGGAGGCCCGUCCACAGCUCAGAAUGUCUAAGUCGCUUUCUGAUCCGGACAUCCGUGCCACCAGUGUACCGAUAGUCGCUCACGCCACCCUUUCAUCGACUGAGGAUGCCAUAAUCGUUCCCCCAAGGUCUCCUAAGCGGACUCGAACUGCUGGAUACUUCGGUGUUGAAAAUAUAGGUCAUGAACAGAAGCUACAUCAAGCAUUCUCCUGGGAGAAAGGAGAUGAAGAGGGUUACCAAACGGUAUCGAUGGCGGAAGUGGCAGCUAGGGAAAAGGCUGAAGUUGUUUUGGGAACGGAACAAAGACUUGAAAUGGCUGGGGAGGAACCCAAGAGCAAGAGACGGCAAAAAUUGACAUCUUCAAGAAUGUCCAGUCAGGCGGGAGAGAUACGAUCUCAACAACCACGGGUCGUGAGUGGAGAACGGCAGCAGUCGGGAUAUCGGUAUCCCAGCUCAAGUGAACCGUCACCCAUGCACGACAGUUUUUCGUCUGCUUCUUCUUCUUCGGCCGCAGGCGGCUCCAGUCGACCGAAGUUUACGACCUCAGCAGCAGGCUUUGCCUCCUCUCCAGAUCUUUCCGGCUCAUCAUCGAGGCAGACCGAAGAAUGGCCUGAGAUGCCUGCCAUCUCACCUCAGAUGGUGUCACAAUCCCCGAGUCCACCAUCGACAUCCCGAAGCCCAACCCCUCUCGCCUCACCAUUAUCGCCACCUCCCGCAACAACUUCCUUCGCCUCAACAGCAUCUCGCUCGGCCUCAACCCCCCCAGUCUCCAUCCUCAAACAACCUCGCCCAUCCAUGCCCCCCAUCCCAAUCUCGAUGCCCAUCCUCUCCGCCCUUCCCAAACACAUGCUCCACCAAUCCAACCACUCCACCCCUAAUCUCCCUCCUCCCGCAUCCCGCCCUUCCACUCUCGCACUAGCCCACGGCCCCAGCGCAGAAGAAAAAGAAGCAGCCGCCCGACGCGCCGCCGCCGGCGGUGCCUCUUCUCAACCGUUCGCCAAGAUCUUGGUCCAAUGCUGCAGCUGCCAGUUCUUCCUGGACAUGCCGUCCAAGGUGUACGAGUGCAUAGCGAAGCCGGAUGCGGUGAUUGAGGAUCGGGCGUUGGGGGUGUCAGGGGCGAUUAUGACUAUGGUGAAGUGUCCGUGGUGCAGCCACAAGAUGAGUAGGGAGUGUUGUAGAGGGUAUACGGCUAUGGUUACGCUGGUGGAGAGGUAUCAUUAGGGGAGGUUAGUCUGCGAGUGGAGAAGGUUGGUCCAAAAACAUUUCGACUUCUAUUUUGUUAGGCUUUCAUUCUCGUGAGUAUGGUUGUGCUUAGUCAGAUACCUGUU